CUGGCACUGUACCGACUGGGUUACAAGAUAUGCUCCGUGUCCAGCCGCAGCUACGGGUCUGCCGAAGCCCUGGCAGCCAGCGUACCGGGGUGCAGUGUCUGCACGACAGCGCAGGAAGUAGCGGACAAUUCCGACCUGGUGUUUAUCACCACUCCAGACGCGGCCAUUGCGCCGGUGGCGGCCUCAGUCCGGUGGCGUACUGGUCAUGAGGUGGUUCACUGCUGCGGCGCGUCGGGACGGGACAUCUUGAAGGGGGCGGCCGACCAGGGCGCGAAUACCGGCGCCUUUCAUCCUUUCCAGACCUUUGCCGGUCUGGAAAGCCCGGACCAGGCCAUUGCAAGGCUAUCUGGCGUAACCUUCGCUAUUUCGGCGGAGGAAGUGCUGGAGGGUUACUUGAGGGAUCUCGCUGAGGCCCUGGACGGGCGAGCGGUAACCAUGGACGACGAGUUGCGCUCUCUUUAUCACGCCUCGGCAGUCCUGAGCUGCGGAUACCUGGUAACCCUGUUGCAGGCGGCGGUAGAGGUGUGGCAGGCCGCUGGGUUCACCGAAGAGGAAGGCUUGGAUGCGGUGGUUGCAGUUUCCCGGGCCACCCUGGAAAAUGUGGCGCGGUUGGGACCGAAGGCCAGCGUAACCGGACCGCUGGUGCGGGGUGAUGUUGCUACGGUAACGCGGCACCUGUCUGCGCUGGUUAACACCAAACCCGAAGUGGCCGGGCUGUAUGCGGCGCUUACGCACCAAUCCCUGCCGCUGGCGAGAGAAGUCGGGCUGAACUCAGAUGGUGAAACAGUCCUCCGCCAGGAACUGGCCGAAUACGGGUUCCCACUCCCAAGGUAA